AUGGUAGCAACAAUGUCCUUCAAGACCAUCAACAAUGUCAUUGAGACUUGGGAAACGAUCCGAGGAACUCCCGAGUGGGAGAAGGAAAUUGGAGUAGGGCUCUUUGCCAAAUUCUUCAAAAUGGAGCCUGAAGCCAAGCCCAUCUUUGGAUUUCAUGAAGAUUUGGACGUCACUGACUACAAAGUUCUCAUCAGCCCGCGAUUUGUCGCCCAUGCCAUGCAAUUCGUCACCAUGAUUGACAAGGCAUUGAACAUGCUAGGGCCGACCGAUGAAAUGUUGUCGGAAAUUCUUAUGGAUAUUGGGGCCAAACAUGCUCGAUACGGUGUCAAGCCAGAAUACUUCCCUACCAUGGGAAAAGCCUUGGUCUCUGUGGUUGGCUCCAAUCUUGGUGAAGAUGUUUUCACGACGGAAGUCCAAGAGUCGUGGAUUGAAGUAUACAAUGCCAUGUCGCAUGACAUGAUUAAGGGUCAUAGCGAAGUUUACACAGUGACAAAGGAUGACAUCGUCCUUCGAACUAAACCGCAACAGCAAGUGGAUUCUCGGAUAUGGGCAUAG